UGUAUGAUUUUAUUUUGACCUGGAGCUGAGUAUAGCUUUAGGAUGUAGCCUUUUGCUAGGUUGAUUUCCCAAUUUAUGGCUCUUAUUGGAUGUAGACAUAAUUGAUAAGCUGUCUCAAAAGGUUCGGCCAAAUAUUGGUAAUAAGUCUACUUCAAACAAUGAUGAAGAGAACAAGUGGCGCAAGUGGGUGGAUAAUCACUUGGUGCACAUCUUAUCUCCAAAUAUAUAUAGAAGUGCUUCUGAAGCUUUGGAAUCAUUUGACUACAUCACCACUCAAGGCAAUUUCAGCUUUUAUGAGAGAACGGUGGCAAAGUAUGCAGGAGCUGCAGCUAUGUAUUUCGUAUCCAAAAAUUUGAAGAAAAAAUACAACAUCACCGAUGAGCGUGCAUCAUUGUAUGAAGCUGCAGAGACGUGGGUUGAUGCAUUGAACGGCCGUGAUUUUCUAGGCGGGUCUAAACCUAAUUUGGCUGAUCUUGCUGUAUUCGGUGUGUUGAGACCUAUCCGGUACUUGAAAUCCGGUAAAGACAUGGUGGAGAACACACGCAUCGGCAGUUGGUACUCUAGGAUGGAAAGUGUGGUCGGUCAACCUUCCAAGGUUCAGGCUUAGCUUUGCACCUCACCCCUCUCUGCUGUGUUUCGACGAGCCCCAAUACAAGUUGCAUUAACAAUAUUUUGUUGCAAAUUUUGAGCUACAGAACCAAUAUCUUUAUUGUUUCUUUCCUGCAAAUAAUACAUGGAGACUGAGACUUUCACCACCCUAUCACUCACGGCAAGAGUGUGAUGUUAUAAAUGUAUGUAGUAGUUUCAAAUCAGGUUUUGCUUUGAUUUAGGGUUAGUUGGUUGGUAUCACAUGGGGCAGGGCAGGGCAAGGCAAGAAGAGACAAUUGGAGUAGUUGGGUG